AUGAAACCAGAACCCAGCAUGUCCAAACCUAUGGUGUCCGCCGGAGAGACGAAGGAAGACUCCCCGCCUUUGCUUGCAGCCGGCCGUCUUGACGGAGGCAUGCGAGCCUGGUCAACACUUAUAGGAGGGUUGUGCGUUACCACUGUCACCUUUGGCUACGCCAAUGCAUUCGGCGUGUAUCAAGACACAUACACUCGGUCCCAUACGGCCUCUGCCUCCAACGUUAGUUGGAUAGGGUCUACUCAAUUGUUCUUUCUCCACGCUAUGGGUCUCGUCGCUGGCAAACUGCUCGAUAUGGGGUAUUUUAGAUACACCAACGUCGUUGGUUCUGUAAUCUUUGUAUUUUCGCUGUUUAUGGUCUCGCUGGCGCAUCCAGAUAAGUAUUAUCAGGUGUACCUCUCGCAGGGUGUUGGGCUCGGCAUUGGUGCGGGGUUGCUAUAUGUACCAGCUUUAGCCGUUCAAGCCCAUCAUUGGCGCAAGCGAAGAGCAUUUGCUAUGGGAGUCGUUGUUACUGGCUCUUCCAUUGGAGGCAUCGUCUUUCCGAUCAUGUUGAAUCAACUCCUGCAAAGCUCUGUGAGUUUUGGUUGGAGCGUCCGAGCAACCGCCUUCCUCGUCCUGGGUUUACUAGUCCUAGCCAAUGUUCUCAUGAGCGAUAAUCCUUCUAUUAAAGAGGAGACACAAAAGCCUUCGGUGGUCUCCAUUUUAACAGACUUGCCCUAUAUGUUGGCCAAUUUUGGGGUCUUCCUUAUCGACUGGGGCAUUUUCUUUCCUUACUUUUACCUCCAACUUUUCGCUGUCCUUCAUGGCGUUGAUGCCAACGUUGCAUUCUACUCGCUUGCAAUCAUGAAUGCUGCAGCCAUACCGGGGAGAAUCAUACCUGGUAUUCUUGCGGACUACUACGGGCCAUUCAACAUCAUUGUUCCUUCGAUUGCUAUCAAUGCUACUCUCAUUUUUGCCCUAUUUGGAGUCAAAACGGACGCAGGAACAAUCGUGUUUGCCAUUUUGUUCGGCUUCUCCUCCGGCUCAUUCCUGACACUCUGUGGGCCUUGCCUUGCGGCUCUAGCUCGACGACCGGACGAAGUAGGCAUUCGAUUUGGGAUUGCCUUCUUCAUCGCCGCGUUCGGUGCAUUCACUGGCACACCGAUCAAUGGUGCUAUACUCGGCUCAACGUUCGCAUGGCCGAGAAGCAUCAUAUUCAGUGGGGUUUCCAUCAUUGUAGGCUUAGCCUGCGUCAUCGUCACACGACAGAUGUUAGUGAAUAGGCGGGGUACUCAGCUCGUCUAA